GUGUCUUUCAAAUGGGAACUAUUGUAUUUUUUAUUGUUUAGCACCUGAUAAAAAAAGGCACAGGGUCUGUUAAAGUUUCAAUUUUACAUUGUGAUUGAGAGUCGUAAGUUUGUCAUCGCCAAUGCAAGAGUGGAGAACUGUGCCAUCAUCUUCUGCAACGAUGGCUUCUGCCACAUGUGUGGUUACUCGCGUGCUGAGAUCAUGCAGAAGCCAUGCACGUGUAACUUCCUGUACGGACCUGACACCAAGAGACUGGCUAUAGCUCAGAUGGCGCAGGCCCUGCUGGGGUCAGAGGAGAGGAAAGUGGAGAUCAACCUUUACCGCAAGGAUGGUCAGUGCUUCCUGUGUAUGGUGGAUGUGGUGCCAGUGAAGAACGAGGAUGGUGUGGUGAUCAUGUUCAUCCUCAACUUUGAGGUCAUGACAGAGGAGGCACUUCGAGACCACAAACAGGAGUUUAACCACCGUCUGCCCACCUGGCUUGUCACCGGUCGUCCACGAGGCUUCAAGCUGCGUCUUCCCCUGCUGCGCUCCCUGUCCAACAGUAAAGCAUCUCUCGACGACACAGAGGCUGGUCACAUCCCCACUGCUACACCCCUGCCGCUGCACCCAGACCACCAUAGUCACGAGUCCUUAGGCUUGGGGGAGUUUGUGCCCCUUCCCCCCUUACCAUCAGACCACCAAGAGCAAAUCAGUGGAAGCAGAUCAGCUCUACAGACUUGGCCAGAAGACCGGCAGCAGGACCAGUGCACCUUACUGGUCUCUGGGCCUCCUCUUCCCCCUCCUCCACCUCCGCCUCUUCUGUACGGAGCCCACCUGGUGGGUCAACUCACCCAGUCAUCACCUUGUGUAGCACCCCACCACCGCCUCAGCCUCAACCCGGAAGCCUCAGGCUCUAACUGCUCCAUAUCACACAGCCGCUCACGAGAAAGCUUUCACAGCAUGCGCCGAGCGUCCUCUGUAGACGAGAUUGAGGCCAUGAGGCCUGACUGGGACAGAAAGAACCGGAGAGCGAGUAUCCGGCCGGGUAGCAGCAGCACUGGUGCAGUAAACAGUAAAUCCAACAUACUGAAUUCUACAUCAGACUCGGACCUCAUGCGGUACCGAACCAUCUCCAAAAUCCCGCAGAUCACCCUCAACUUUGUGGAUUUCAAACCUGACCCACUCAUCGCCCUGCCCACCGGGGAGAUGGACAUCAUAGCUCCCUGCAAACUCAUUGACCGGACGCACAAUGUGACAGAGAAGGUCACGCAGGUACUCUCUCUGGGUGCAGAUGUGUUGCCAGAGUACAAGCUCCAAGCACCUCGCAUCCACAAGUGGACAGUGUUGCACUACAGCCCUUUCAAGGCAGUGUGGGACUGGCUUAUCCUGCUGCUGGUCAUCUACACUGCCAUCCUGACACCCUACUCGGCCGCAUUCCUCCUCAAUGACCAGGAGGACGUAGCCAUGCAGAGUUGUGGUUACUCCUGCUCUCCUCUCAACGUGGUGGACCUCAUAGUGGAUAUCAUGUUCAUUAUCGACAUCCUCAUCAACUUCAGGACAACAUAUGUGAACUCUAAUGAUGAAGUGGUGAGUCACCCAGUGCGUAUUGCUGUCCACUACUUCAAAGGCUGGUUCCUCAUCGACAUGGUGGCUGCUAUUCCCUUCGACCUGCUCAUCUAUCGCAACGGAGAGGAGACCACCACUCUGAUUGGUCUGCUGAAAACUGCUCGUCUACUGCGAUUGGUCCGUGUAGCCAGAAAGCUGGAUCGCUACUCGGAGUACGGAGCAGCUGUUCUUUUCCUCCUCAUGUGCACCUUCGCCCUCAUUGCUCACUGGCUAGCCUGCAUCUGGUAUGCCAUUGGUAAUGUAGAGAGAAAUGGUUCGAUUGGCUGGCUCCACACACUAGGGGACCAAUUGGGAAAACACUACAAUGAUUCCAUCCCAGGUUCAGGACCGUCCAUCAAAGACAAGUACGUCACAGCUCUGUACUUCACCUUCAGCAGUCUGACCAGUGUGGGAUUUGGAAACGUAUCCCCAAACACCAACUCUGAGAAAAUUUUCUCCAUCUGUGUCAUGCUCAUAGGAUCCCUGAUGUAUGCCAGUAUCUUUGGGAACGUGUCAGCCAUCAUCCAGCGGCUGUACUCAGGGACGGCCCGCUACCACACCCAGAUGCUGAGAGUCAGGGAGUUCAUCCGUUUCCAUCAGAUCCCCAACCCACUCAGGCAGAGGCUGGAGGAGUAUUUCCAACAUGCCUGGUCCUACACCAAUGGCAUUGACAUGAAUGCUGAUGAUUGGAAGACUUUGUCUCAGCAUGCAUGGUCCGACACCAUCAGAGAAAAUAGGAAUGAUGUGCUGAAAGGUUUCCCCGAGUGUCUCCAGGCAGAUAUCUGCCUCCAUCUGAACCGGACAUUGCUGCAGAACUGUAAGGCUUUUAAAGGCUCCACCAAGGGUUGCCUCAGGGCGUUGGCCAUGAAGUUCAAGACCACCCACGCACCCCCAGGUGACACACUGGUCCACGCCGGGGACGUCCUCACUGCCCUCUACUUUAUAUCCAGGGGAUCCAUAGAGAUACUGAGAGGAGACGUGGUGGUAGCCAUCUUGGGGAAGAAUGACAUCUUUGGUGAGCCUAUCAACCUGUAUGCCCGACCGGGUAAAUCCAACGCUGAUGUGAGGGCUCUAACCUACUGUGACCUCCAUAAGAUCUUCAGAGAAGACGUUCUGGAGGUGCUGGACAUGUAUCCUGAGUUUGCAGACCACUUCUGGAACAACCUGGAAAUCACCUUCAACCUCAGAGAUACCAACAUGAUCCCAGGCUCUCCGAGCAGUGACGACUCCAGCUGUGGGGGGUUCAACAAAUUACGGAGACGCAAGUUAUCAUUCCGACGCCGUACAGAAAAAGAUGAUGCAGAUGCAGGAGAAAUUAAAAAGUCCCAUAAGUCUGUGAGACGAAGAAAGAGGGAGGCAGCUAACAACCGGAAACAGGAGGAGGCAUCUAAGAGGCAGUGGGAAGCACAUCGGAGCUCAGUGUCUUCUCACUCCAGUGGUGAUGAGGGGGAGGAAUCAGUUGCGACAGGCCUAGCCCCUCCUCCUGCAAUGUUAGGUAACCCACACGCUCAGGCCACGCCAAUGAACUUUAAUGAGAGCACCGAGGGUGAUGGAGACCCCAAGACUGGGAACACCUGCAACGCCCUGUCAGGUGCAUUCUCAGGUGUGUCUAACAUCUUUAGUUUCUGGGGGGAGAGUCGGGGGGGUGGACAGUACCAAGAGGUUCCCAGCUGUAGCCUUGCCUCCCCGCCACCCCUCAACACGCCGUUACACAGCCUGAGCCGCCAGCAACGCAACCAGCUGGACACACGCCUGGACCUGCUGCAGAAACAGCUCAAUAGGUUGGAGAGUCGCAUGUCAACAGACAUUGGAGCGAUCAUGCAGCUGCUGCAGAGACAGAUGGCUCUGGUUCCUCCUGCCUACAGCGCUGUCUCCACACCACCCCGGGCCUCACCUUACCCUGGUCCCGGUCCAGGACCAGGUCCAGGUCCAGGAGAGAGGCUUAUUCAGCCUGUUACACCUCUGGAGACAGACACCCUGGCUUCUUUAUCACAGAUCUUGGAUUCCCAGGACUUUGAGGAGUUGCCAGCCAAGCCUUUUGACUCUCUGCAGGCCCAGGACUCUUCUCUGAUCAACACCAGCCAGGGCCAGCUCAUCCCCUCUAGACUCGACAGCCUGGGACAGCAUCUGGAGCUGGAGCUGGAGCUGGGAGCUGGGGCUGGGGUUGUUUUAGGGCCAGUAGUAGCUUCAGGUUCAGUUUCAGGUUCAGGUUUGGAAUUAGGGAGCACGGCAGCAGUGGGCUCAAAUUCAAGAGCAGGGGUAGACUUUGGAUCAGAUGUAUGUAUUGUGGCUGGGGUUGGGCCAGCGGCUGGAUCAAGAAUGUCUCUGCUGGAUCCUGAAACUCAAAGGAGGCUGUCCCUCCAAGAACCACAGACACCUCUGGACUCACGGACACCACAGAGACACAGCUCCGACCCAGGGGGGAGCUAAGGAAGAGGUGAAGGGGUAGGAAUGUGGGAUGGAGGGAGGGAGGGAGAGAGAGAGAGAGUGAAUGAAUGUGAUGUUUUGUCCUGCAGAUCCUCUUGUUUCCCGUCCACACAGUACUUUGGAGAUCAGGAGGCACCUCCUGUACCUCCACCAAAACCCUUUAGGUCACCCAGCUACUGUAUCUUCACCAUGAAACUCUCAAGUAGGGUCACAUGGCUAAGACAGAAGCCAAGGGGGCGGUCAUGGAAAGGGUUGAGGCCUCUCUCUUUUAUGUCCCCCCAUCCCCAUGAAAUAUCCGGAGGUUUCUGAACUGCACAACAAUAAAACCUUUAACCAAAACCACAAACACAGCAGAGAAGAGCUCUGCCUCUUAAUGACAACUUUCCGGGUCAACCCGGAUCAAUCUGGUCUGGAUCUCUCAGUCAUCCGCUAAGGGUGACACUACUUUACACACAUAAACGACUGCUGACAAUCCCUUUACUGCUGUAUCCAGUGUUGGAUGACUGAAAGAACAAGCAAAGACAACAUCGUACAGAAUAGUGACGAAACAAGUAGCCAUUUAUGUCUUGCACUGAAAAUCCUAUUGAUAUAAUUAUUAAUCCGUUCUAUAUGUCCGCGGCGCUUCCGAUAAACUCACAAACUGGUUGGUAAAUUGUAGUGUUAGCUGGCCUAACAGGAAACCGGCUGUCCCGUUCUUUCAUUGGUUCCUUCCCCCUGAUGUCCUGCCCCAAGAGGCGGAACUACCGGCCCCCCCUUCCCAAGAGCACACUGGAUUGGCUGGUUUGCACCUCAGGGGUGGGAACUGGAGGGUUAAAAGCCAUGAAUUUUCUCGACAAACAUAUCAACUGCCCUAUCACAAACAUUGUACAGAUUUGCUAGUGAGUGAAGAACACAUGGCAUGCUUAGGCAGUGUCACAAACAGGUAAACUGGCAAACUUACAAGUUUAACAUGAGAACAGUGCCACAAAAACAGCUAACUAAAUAUUUCAACAAGCAGGAAAUCCCAGUUUGCUGAGUUCAUGUGCUAUGAGUUGUGACUUUUUAGAGAAGCAGAGAAGUUGUGUUUUAUUAUCAAAUACUAUGAAUCGAUAAAGUCAGCAGCGACACGAUACUCGCCUGCUUUGAUUUCUACAAUGGAAUUAAAGCACGUGCAUGAGGGAGAAACGGUUGAGUGAUCCCAGUUUUUCAUAGUUGAAUUUGCUACCUCAGAUUUCAUUGGUCCUUACUUUUUUCACCUGAGCGAGUACCCAGAACGCUUUUACCGUGUACAUACAAGUUUGUCAUGUGAUACGUAAAUAUACAAGUUUGCCAGUUUACAAUGACCAGCCGAUUGCGCCAUUAUUCUAUGUACAGUACAAUAUGCAAACACUGGCAAGAAGAGAUGAGUGAGUGCGCUUUAAUCUUAUUAUGGGUGUGAUAAGUUCAGGUGCAGAGCUUUUUAUGUGUGUGUUCGUCCUCGUAUUUGUCUUUCAGUCUGUAGAGCAUGGCACAGUAUGUUUGCUUCACACGCUGUAGAGGGUCACUGCAUUCUAAUGUUUAGGACAAGUUUGUUUUCUUUUGGCCCCAAACUGAUUUUGAUGUCUAGUUUAAACAGGCAAAUGACAGCUUCAGUGUUUGUAUUUUGAAUCUAGACAGCACAAAUAAAAAGCCUUUACAAUGUAGGUCAUCAAAGUACAUUUAAAAAAUUUCAGUACUACAGUAGUUGUAAAUUCAAGUCAUGAACUGUUAGCAGGCCACCAGAAAAAUGACAGAAGGAUUAUGAGGUGUGAAGAUGCUCAUCCACAUAUGGUGAUUACUUCACCGAACCACCUCUUUACGAGUAUGGUUAAAUAAGAAAGGCAGCAAGUACAGAGGCAAACUGGCAAGAAGCAUGCACCAACUGAUUUGCUAUUUAAACCAUCACACUGCCCUGGUCAGGUGGGUGGCAGUUUACAUCUUAAACUGCCACCCACCUGAAUCCAGUAUUACAGUUUGUUGUUAAAGUUUGCUGCAAAUUUCCAAAACGUAUCAUUGCUCAGGUUUCAUUUGGCAUAGUGCUGUAACUGUAUUAGGUCUGCCUGCUAUAUGAUAGGGAGUACCUUAAGGCACCUGCCAAGUAACCCCUUUACAAGAACAGGAAAGUAUUGUUGUAGAAGUGAUACUCCAAACAUCUUUGGUCCAAGACUCCUACAUAAAAUUAUUUCACCUCAGCGGAAGGUUGUGCUUUAUCAAAGUAGCGCAACACGUCGGCAGCCACCGGAUGAGAGGAUUUCCUUUGUUUUAUUCCUUUGACUUCGGCCCUACUGUAGCUGGUCAGUGGGUAGGAUGAAGAUCACAAGAUUUUAAGGAGGGUUUGUUCCUUUUGAAUGAAAUAAUAUCCGGACACUGGUACUCCUUGUAUACUAAGAAUUACUGUAUAUGAACAAGGGUCCUGAAAGUAAGUUUUGAUAUAAUGUUUUAAUAUAAAACAAUCUGACAGUCAGAAGUUUAACACUUGGAAAGGUACAUGUCCAUCCAAUGCAUUUUGAGAGAGUUUUUCCCCCUGGGAUUUAUGGUAAGGUGAUCUAUACAUUUCAAAAGGUGGUGAAGGAAAUGAUCAAGGUGUAGUGGUGCCACUGUUAAGAAGAUGUAAAGGCACAGUCUGGAGUUUACCCAGAUACCUCAGGGCAGGUGGAAAUGCACAUAAUAAUUACAGGAGCAGGUGCACUGAUAACCCUUUACAGUGGAGCUGAACUGAAAUGACUGAGGUUUUUUUUCUGCCUAAAUGGUCAUUUCCACGGAAUCUUCUUUUUUUACCAGUUGUUGUUUUGACUUCUCAAGAUGAAGGAAAAUAAAAACCUAUGCCAUCUUCAAAUUGUCUUCCCUGAAACAAAAUUAUAAAGAUAGACCCUUUCCUGUACCCACAAGAGAGUCAUAACAAAGGAGGGAAAGCCUCUUGAAGUGCAAUAGUCCUUUAAACAGUUAAGAAUUGUAGCAGCUUAACCAUAUCCAUUAAUGUUUAGCACUUUAUUUUUUAAACAGUGUAGAUGUUUAAUAAAGACUCAGGAACAUGUUACUGAUGGCACGGGUUUCAUUUUCCGUGGUCUCAGAACUCAAAACCGAUCAAUCAGAAAGAAAAGAGCAACAUUCUAAACCUUGAUUUUGGUGGAAUUACCUUUUAAUGCAGAAUUGCGAAGAUUGUAUUUUGCUGCUUGCUGGUCUAAGCUAUUUAAUUUAUUAAUUUGGUUGUAGGAUUAUUUUGUUUGCCUGUGGAUUGUACCUACUAUGAUUUACCACUUUGUCUUGGGUUACUGACGAGUUCGUUUGGUGGAUCAAGGUUUGCUGUAUAAACAUGUUUCUUCCCAUUUCCUGUGUUUUUAUGUUCAUAAUCCUGAAAGUUACGCUCAUGCAACCACUCUUGAUAUUUAUUCAAUAUUUAUGUGUAUAAAUGCUUGGGAAUCGGUACACAUUAUUCCUAUAAUCACUACUAAUAACGAUGUGACAUUUAGUAUUCAUUGUGCACAUGUCCUGGAAAGGAAGGCCAAGGAAAAUGAACCCACUGUCAACAUCUGCCUAUUUGCCUGUGCAGCAAUUGGACUGUGUGUCUGUAUGUACAUAGCUAAUGUCACGCUUUGUACAGGUGCACUUUAGUAUCGAAACCAAGCAAGUGAACGCUGUAUCAAAGGGUCAUUGCUGAAAUUUGAAAUUCACGUAUCAUUCAACUCUUUUAGGACGUUUAAGGAAAAAAAGAUUAUCUGAAAGCUAUAGUUUGACUUAAAUUGAAGUUGUAGAUGCGGCUGGAUUAUCUGAUUUUAAACUUCAACCAAGGAUAUUUUUACAGUGACUUGAAAAUAAAUUUUGGGGUGUGAUCACGAUGGUUUGAAAGACCUAAACCCAGACAAUUAUUGCUAAGGGGAGGGUGGUUUGUAAAGUAAAAAUUGACUCUAGCUGCUUUCAGAUGAACAGUGAUUCAACAUGUUAUUGUGUUGUUGUUUGAGUGGGAUACAGAGUUGCUGGAAUCCCCUUUUCACCGUUCUGCAUCAUGGAUGUCCGAAGCUGACACUGACCAAAUCUACUGAGUUCCACUUACUACUUUACCCUGUCUGCUCGUUGCUCUGUUUUAUUUGGUUUACUUCACUGACACACCCAUCACCCUUAGUCAAUUUUCACCAGCAGUCCCUGCCUGUCGUCACCAGGAACAAGGUCCCAUAAUAAAUUACACUUUACUACAAGUAUCCAGUAAACGGAAAGUGAAGCUGGCGUUACAUGAAGUUAUUUACCAGUGAACCAGGUUUAUUUAUUUAUUUUAUAAUCGUUUUUUUUUUUCUUUUGCAGUGUUGAGGUACUGAUUUUCAGAAGUGAGGUCUCCUCGCCAUCUCACGUACUGUAGCAAGUGUUUUUGUUAGUGUUCAAUAACAGUCACCUAGUGGCCUGAACUGUAUCUUUACAUUCAGAACUAUGACCUCAAAGCUAGAAUGUGGAUGUUGUCGACUCUUCUUCUUUAACCUUGUAUGUGACAGUACACCUUAGUGGAAUAUUCAGUGCUAGAGAUUGCAUUUAUGUAAUGCAUAGUGCAUAUUAUAACAGUAGAGGGUGCACUUUGACAAAAAAAAAAUCCCUGGGGGAUAAGGGAAUUGGUGUGUUUGUGGGGGUGGGGGGAAUUUAAGGAGGUUAGAGUACUUUUCCCCUUUUGAAACACACAAACUUAAAAACUCAGCUUACACUUACAGCUGCAAACUUAAACACACACACACAGACACAGACACAGCUCCCUUAAUGGCUCUCCCAUACUGCUGAGCUUUUUUCAGCUCUUUUCAACUUUCUAUGAGUUCCAAAACAAAAGGGUCCUGUAUUUGUAGAUAUUUUGAGCACUUGGGGAGGGGGGGUUUGGUACCGUUUACACAACACUAGAUCUGCUGUCACUCCUCGCCUGUACAUACCAACUUCUACUACUUGUGAAGGAAAACAAACUCUUUGGCACUCGUAUAGCCAGCACUAUGCAGAAACUGAAAAAUUUCUUUGGCAUGCUUUGAAAUGCAGAACACUAUAGAGGAAAUAUACUAAAUAAAUAAAGUCUGCUCUAAUUUCUUAUUAAAAUAAUCACCUUAUUGAGAAAACAAGAUGUUGAUAAAGCUGUCCAUGGUAAAAAUGGAUAUGAUGAUGACGGUGAGGAUGAUUAGAGUUGAUGAGGGUGAUGAAGUUAAAGACUUUUAAUAUUGUGCACAUUUUUACUUGCAUGCUGCACUGAAAAUCAUCCAGCAAUGAGAUGUUUUUGAUGUGCAAAGCAGCUGAUUUUUGCUGUAUGCUUGCAAACUGUGUGUAGAGUGAAACACUGAAUUCUUCCGGGAUACGGGAGAGUCAUAUUUAUAGAUACAUAUAUAUACAUACUACUUUCAAGUCAUGGAAGAGAGGGGUACUGAAUAGCUGCAAAUACAGUGAUGCUAGAUGAUACAAUAUUAUAUUGUAUAUUUGUAUCUUUGGUUGCAAACUACUGUAAAGGAAUGAUGCAUGUGUGGCAGUCCUGGGCAGAACUAUUAAAUGUUUCCCAUAUAUCAAAGAGCAGUUGAUUUACCUUUUUCGGGCCAUGUUUUCACUUCUGCCUUGGAAGUGAAAUCAAGUGCACCUAAAAUAUUACAAAUUCUGCUUUUGCCCUGCUAGGAUGAGCUACACGCUGAAGAAUGACUAUUCUCAACACAUCUGAGUGCAGCUUUGGACCACAUCUUUCGUACUUUUCAGGAGGAAAAUCUGUUGGCAAUGGCAUAUCUUUAACACGUUUUGCUGAAAAGUACUGAGUUGUGUUAUGUCCCCAAAAGCCUCUCACAAAUAUUUUGAAAAUAGCAAAUCUUUUUAAUAGUGUGUACUCUAUGGCAGUCCCUGGAAUACUGACUUAACCAUAGGGAUAUAAUAGUGGGGUGGCCAAUGGAGUGCUUCUAGAAGCUCACAAUACAAUAUUCAUAUCAAAUGUUGAAGAAAGUUAGAUGGGGAAAUGGUGAAGCU